GCCCAUAGCCUGUGUGACAUGAACACGCCCAGCAGCAGCUGCCGUGACAGCUGAUGGUGCUGAUGUCAUUCCUGGACGCCUUGUCCCAUCACCAGACUGAGAAGUUUACAGGCUUUCAGUUUUUUUAAGGAUGGCGCUUGUUAAAAGCGGGUGUCUUCACAGACAGAGCACCAUCUUGCGUCGCUGGAAGAAAAAUUGGUUUGAACUCUGGUCAGAUGGCCGUCUCAUUUUCUAUGACGACCAGUACCGGCGUAACGUGGAGGGUGAGAUCCACAUGAAAGUGGACUGUAUCAACAUUCGCAGUGCCACCGCUUGCAGAGAGCUGACCCCUCCUGAAGGGAAAGGUAGACAUUCCCUUUUUCAGAUCGUGUGCCGCUGUGGACGAGUCAUCAGCCUGUGUGCACAGAGUGCUGCUGAUGCACUUGCGUGGACCAUGGCCCUGCAGGAUGCCAGAGUCAACACUGUGGUGGCAGCACGUCAUUUUGGGUUUACUCAGGAAGUUAUUGCCUCCGCCCCCCCUUCUUACUGGGACUUGAACCCAAAUCGUCAGGUCUUAUUUGUGAGCAGGUGUACUACCCAGACCAGUACGGCGGCUACGUGCCUCAUCCCUCUCCCUACUACCAUCAAGGAGUUUACCAUCCACAUGAAGUCAGUCACAGCAUCACUGAAGAGCAUCGCCGUGACGAUGCAGCCGAUUUGGGUCUUGGGGUGCUAGCUGGUGCAGCAACAGGAUUGGCUAUUGGUUCCCUGUUCUCUGUCUUUUAAUGUGCCUGUAGAAGUUUGAUCCAGUGUUUCCUCUACCUGCAGUUCAGACAGGUGUUCUGUUACUGCUUUAGUGUUGCUGCAACCGCUGCGCACCUUAAUACAUUUAGUUGUGGUGUUUGUGAUGUCUGGCGGUUAAUUCCUCUAGGUACCAAAGCAUAAUGGUAGCAGUUACAAUUGGAGGGCUGUAGAACUGAGUUUUGAAUUUGCAUUGCUAGGUGUGACAUGACUAAAGAGUUGUAAAUGAAAUAUCGUGCAAAGGCAUCACGGUGGCUGUCUACAAAAGCUGCGUCACCUGUUUGGAUACCCUUUUUAGGGUGGGGUGGGGUUUUUGUUUUGUUUUUUUUAAUUAAAUGACGCAUGGAUAUGGAGCCUUCUAGCUGCCAGAGACCUUGCUCUCCUUCUGGCUCUUGCGUUUCAUGUGGGACCUUUCCUGAAAGCAUUUACAUACGCUCCUAAAGUGCUUAUUUUAUAGGAUGUUCAUUAUGAAUUUUUUGUUGCAUUUUGUGGGGGUGUUAAUGGUUAAUGUCCUCUCUGGUGUGACAAUAUUAACACUAGUUUGUCCAUUUCAGUUAAUGUUCCCCCCUUUUGUUAUGGGAAGAAAAAGUAAGGGGUGUUUUCAGUGAUGUAGCUCAGUUUGACUUACUAUUGUCAUAAGUGGAUUAAUUUUCUUUACUCUUGAGUAAAUAUUUUUCUUGUAAUGAAAAGGGCAGUGUGUUCAUGGCAUUGGAUCAACUGCCAUUGUGUCACACAUUUACAGGUGGUAUGAUUUGAUUAACUAAUGUCAAGUUUACAGGUUGAGCAGUGUGGUGGUGGUGUUCUGCAAAGUAGAAAGAGCACUUUUUCAUUUGACACAAUGUUUCAUGACAUCCUGACUUUUGCUGGGACAUGUAUCCUGGCCUGUAACUUCUGGACCUGUUUAUUACCAAACAAAUUAACAAAAAAACAAUUACCAUUGUUUUUCACUUAAUGUUAUUUUUCCCUUAGUCUACAAUUGCACUCUUGUUGCUAAAAUAUUUUGCACUUGAACUUUGAAAUUUUACUAGCAUGAUUACUCAAUAAAGUAAUUUAUCCUGAA